UGAUGUUCAACGGACAUAGAAACACCAACAGUCAAGGAUUCAUUGCCAUUGAUGACAUUACAGUGAAGGAGGGGGCCUGCAGUAAUCAGAAUGCGUGUGGGUUUGAUUCCGGUUGGUGUGGCUUUGAGAACGAUGUCAGUCAUACGGGUCGAUGGGAUCGCAAGAGAGGAACAGAACAUGAGGUGGAUCACAACUAUGGAACUGAAAAUGGUUUCUACAUGACGGUGAUGCCAUCAACCUCUACACAGGCUGAAGUAGUUCAGCUGCUCACACCUGAGUUCACCUCGGCUGCAGAGAUAUGUGUGCGCUUCUGGUACUGGAUUCCUGUCGGGUCUUCUAAUAUCCCUUAGCCGUGCAUGUGCAGAG